AUGCUUGAAGCGAUAUCUACACUCCUACAACCGCCGGUAAUACGCACCGGACUCCCCCCUCACACCGUGGUUCAUUCGCCCACCUCUCGAGACAUACCUCCUGUCACUCUCACCACUGUCCCCCAUGUCGAACCCUCAACUUUUAACGAAUACCUCAGUCAGGUCGGAAUCCUGUCCGAUGCUUUCCACCGCUCGAAGCUCGAGUCUAAAGACGGCGGCGCACAAGUGUUUCGUCAAGACGGGGAGCUUGCACCGCGCGGAAAGCGGAAGGCGAGCGUUUCGAAGCGCGGCCAGCCUGCUAUGCUGUCUACGAUUCCCCCUGUGUAUUUCGAUGAAAAUUUUUGCCUCGAGAAUCCGCGCACUUUCGGCGUCGUCAGUGAGCAUGCAGAGGUUGUAAAACAGCCACCGUCCACCACCAGAGACCUUAACAAGGGCGCCAAUGGCACUGCUGCAGAUGGUAACCCGCAACCUGCUAGGAAGGCGCUUACUACCAAUGCCAUAUUGCAAGAGAAGUUAUCGUGGUACAUGGACACUAUAGAGAUUCAUCUGAUAUCUUCGAUUUCGCAAGCGUCAGCCUCCGUUUUCGCCGCGCUCGGCUCUCUUCGUGGGCUCCAGGACGAGGUGGCCAACCCUGUCGCAAAGAUCCAGAAGUUGAGGGAAGACCUCGCACAGUUGGACAAAGACAUGGUAGCCCGCGGUUGUGAGAUCGUCAGCAUGAAGCGAAGACGGAACAAUCUGGGAAAGCUGGGCGAGGCUACAAAACAGCUUCAAUGUGUCCUCAGCGGCGCCAGUCAUUGCGAGGAACUCGUCGACUCCGGCAGCUGGAGACGGCUAUACAACACAUAUCGUACGUCGAACAGCUUGCGUCUGGAACGACUGUUGCAAGGCAUCAACCAGCUUCGCCUGCGGAUCCGGGAAGGUUAUGAAGCCCGGUUGCUGAACAUCCUGUUGUGUGACUUGCGCCGACAUGUGUCCGGCGUACCGUCGGGAGAUACUCUUGCGCGCUGGGUUGAUACCGCAAAACGCUCACGGGGCUCGACAGAUGUCUCCCCAUCGAAACCCGCGUCCAUGAUGACUGCAGAAAAGCUGCGCGAAGAACUCAUCCCUGUGCUGCAGGGGCUCGGCCAGUCGCAGUAUCUGGCUGCACCAGGUACUGCGUUUCGCGAAGCUGUCAUCCGAGAGAUGAAGUCUCUUAUCCGCCAGCACCUGCAGAGCUCUACCGACGACGAUGCUGAGUCUCUCGCAUCCGCGUCCACGCUAGCAAGCAGUCCUCGUCCGUCCCAGCAGGAAAAGCAGAGCAUUCUAUCUCGCAACUUGCGUGCUCUCAACCCUGAGGACUCCGAGGCGCUCUUUGUCAGGAUCUACUGCGGGAUAGGCGAAGCAUUACGGAGGCUUAACGUACAGAUCAAGGUCCUCCUCGAUAUCACAAGCGGCAUGAAGACGACUCAAACCCUUGACAUGUCAAGCCUCCUCAUACAGGCAGUGGACAAGGCAGAGUCAGAGAUGACAAAAGUGCUGCGUGUCAGAACCGAGCAAACGAUUCGCCUUGGGUCGACCGAUUUCCUACGCUACUUUACGCUGAAUCGCUUGUUUGUCAAUGAAUGCGAGGCAGUCUCUGGACACUCUAGAGCGGCACUCAGAGGCGUCGUGAACAACCAGAUUCACGACUUUAUUCCGCUUCUGCACGUAGAGGAAAAGCAAAAGCUGGCGCAAAAGAUGGAGUCUGAAAAGUGGGAGCCCGUCGAUUUCAAGCCCCAGGACGCAUCGAUCCUGGCGCACAUCCUUCAGUCCAUGACCUCUGAUCCCCCGGCAUGGCUCAGUUACACGGACACUGGUACGGCAGGCCUGGAGACUGCUAAGCAGAACAAGACAGGCCCGACACUAGCGGUCAUCGAGGAGGAGGAGUUUAUGCUCGUUGAUUCGGCAGCAUUUGCACUUCGCGGCAUAGAGCAAUACGCAAUCCUCCUGGCAUCGAUCCCCGGCAUGGUCAACGAGAUCUCGACGGCCCUGCUCGACUACCUCAAACUGUACAACUCGCGCACACAAGAACUUAUUCUAGGUGCUGGCGCUAGAAUAACAGCUGGGCUGGCUAAUAUCAAUACCAAGCACCUUGCCCUUGCCUCGCAGUCACUGUCCUUCUUCAUUGGUCGCGCGAAAACUCAUUAUGUCGAUGAGCUUGUCGUGGAUAGCGGACCGAUGGUCUUGGAACAAGCGCUUCAGCCGGUCAUAUUCUGCCAUGCCGGAGGCUGUGAUGGAUGGUCGAAGAUCGAGUGGGACGAUGAAGACGAGGUGCAGAGGAACGUCAGCCCACACAUGGAAACGCUCACGAAAGAGGCGCUCACGCUACAACGAGUGCUGAGCAAGUACCUGCCAGCGUCGAGUAUGAGGAUGAUCGUCAGACGGGUCUUUGCCAGCUACAAGGAGCAAUGGAGCAAGGCAUUCGAAGGUGCAGCGAUACAUACCGAGGCCGGGAAAGCAAGGCUUCUGCGAGACGCGGAGCUGCUCAAAGCAAAGCUCGACAAGAUUGACGGCGCAGACGAGCUCGGCGUGCACAUGGUCAAUAUUGUCAAAGCGAAGCAACUCUUGUCACGGCCAAAGGCUAGCAGGGACGCCCCGUCCGACGAGGGCAGGCCCGCUGCAGUCAAUGAAGCUUCUAGUUCCGAAAGUGCGGCGGGAGGCUGA